GCCACCCCUUCUUGAUCAAUACGGAGGUGGCGGCUCUCGCGGCCCGCGACUGCCCUCCGAGUUGGUACGCGUCGGUGCACAAUAACGGUAUUUGUCGGCGCUUUGCUGCGCUUUGCGCUGUGCGGGUACCUCGUGCCCUUCCCAGUCGACCCGGCGAACCUUGCCAAGCCAGCGAGGCCGCGGACCGCACUUCCGGCUGGAGGUCCUCGAGGCCCGGAAGUCGGACUCUCCGCACAGCACCAAGGCCGGCAAGUGCUUCUCGGCGGUCUUCUCGACCUCCUCGUGGGAAUCCGCGUCCUGCAGGACAUGACGAGUGCAGUGCCGACCCCCCACACUCCACAGCACCGGCAGGAUUGAGACAGCGUCCCGCAGGCAGCGGCCGCAGGUGACGAUGCCGGAACUUAACCUCACUUUGUGCUGCAUCGUAACCUCGCUCAUCGCGUCAGCUGUUACCAUCGCCCCCGCCGACAAGGUCGUCUUCUCCUUCCCGGAGUUCCCCUACAAGGAGACCGGCAAGAACGAGAUGGCCUUCCACGAGUACGAGUCGGCGUGCGAGCAAAGUCCUUCCUGCAGCCAGCUCGCCUCCAUCAGCCGCGUGCGGUGCGUGCGGGAGUGCGUGUCGCCGUCCUGCUACUCGGAAAUCUACCAGUCCGACCAGGCUUGAUUUCAACGAUUGCAGUUGGAGGAGGGCGAGAUAGACGUGCGGCUCAACUCCUUCAAGGGCUGCUUCGUGCAGCGAGUGCAUCGCCAGCGACCUUGAACCAAAAGACCGGAAGGAAGUUCCACCGGAAGUAAGGUCACGAUCGCACAAGAGAAGCGGGGCAGUGCCCUUGGCAGUGCCCGACAUGGACGUCGAUUCGAUUUCAAAUUUCAAAGCACGAGUUCGUUUAACGUUGCAGGGUUUGUUCUCAUUAGCGUAGCUACAGCGUAAUUAAUUAGCAAUAUUCGUGUUAAGGUCGAUUUAAAAGUAAUCUAAGAAACCACGUUCCUCAAUAAUUAGGCUUGAGUCUCUGCCUUUGUGUAAAUAAGGUGCCAACUGUAGUAAUGUCGUUGCCAAUAAGCGAGUUGAGUGGAAUUUUUUCGCCAACAUUUGCAAAUCCAUUCUAGAGUAAGGCGGUGAGGUGCUGGUCGGUUCCCGCGAUCUUUUCCCUCCUCUGUACAGUCGCAGCAGAGUAACCUUGGGGCCCGGGUCUGACACCGGCGCCAGGCCACGCCAGGCAGGCCCGAUAUAGAAUACUCCUUAUUAUCGGCCGAGGGGAAAACUCCCCAAGAAGGCCCCAAAUCCUGCGGGCCUGUGGGUGCCUGUGGGCCCUGCACCGAGGGCACCUCAGCGCAGGGGCCGCUCUUAAACGACGCAUGCACUCGUUUAAAUCACGCACGCACAAAGAGGGACAACCGUGUAUCUGUUUGACGCGAUUUACGGGCGGCCCCUGGUUAAGCAAGAGAGCUUCCCUCGUAGUUUCUAUUGCUCUACUUUAAGUGUCACGUGAUACUACCGACAUGUUAAGUCUGUUGUGCUCAAAGCAAUUUGGAGUGAAAUUCUGUGAUUGAUAAGGAGUAUCAGUAUUAGUUUGUAUCACCUUCGUAGGAAAAGGUUUAGAUAUAAAGGUAACAAAAGUCUGUUGAUUAAAAAAAACAUUGUAACUGAUUUUUUGUAUUUACUGAUUCUAUUAUGCACAGCCCUUUCUUACAAUCAUGAUACCAAUCACAUAUGGAUAAAACAACCG